AUGGUAAUCUUGAAUGGGUAUGUUGCUAAAACCGCUCGCGAACCUGAUUAUGAACUCAACCUUAUACCUUUGCUCCCAUAUCUGAGCAAGAUGUUGACGAGCAGUUUUCUGAAGCCGUUGUCGCAGGCUGGCCCCAAAAAGAUGGAGAAACAGUGGAAAUUAUCACUGAAAUCCCGCAAAUGGAAUACAAGAAUCGUGAACAUAUUCUUCAUUUUGACGAUUCCCGUUCUCAGAAUAAUUGGUGGCGCUUCUCUUUCAGAACUUGCACAGAGCGUACUGGAGAAAUUGGACGCAGCCAUGUUGCCUCUUGUAUCAGUAUCACAAGAAGAAAACGCCCAGUCCUCGGAGGAGGAUUCAAAGCGUGACGCCUCGUCAAGCGAGGCUUUGCUCACUCCUUCAAAAGUCUUACUCACCCCUGCAACACCUCCAGAAGAUAUUAACGAGGGAAGUGAUUCCUAUAUCGCCUCUAAACCACUAAUUAACUCUGAAGCUCCCGUCGAUAAUAUUCUAACUUUAAGUAAGAACAAAAGCUCCAGGCUGUUGAUGUCCUACAGUCAGAUUCGGUUUUGGGCCGUGAAGUCGCUUGUCCCGGAUCAGAGUUUUUUCACAGUGACAGUUGGUCUUUGGAUUGGAGAUAAUCUGCGAGUCGAUAGGCUUAAUUCCGGGGUGGCCACUAUCGCUCAAAGGCACGAAAUAUUCCGCACCCGAUUCUAUGAUGACGAGAAUGGUGUUCCAAUGCAAGAAAUUAUGCAUACAUCAUCAAUCCAAUUGGAGCAGAUUUACUGUGCAGAUAAAGCUGCUGCCUCAGACGGAUUUAAGGAUGACUAUGAAGCCCUGACUAUCGCCAUGUCUUCUAUAACACCAGUCCACGACGAAAUCCUUCUAGAGCAACGAACGAUGGAACGGUCUGCAUCAGCCAUAGUCCUUUACAGCUCCGGCACAACCGGCACCCCCAAAGGUAUAGUCCUAACGCACGGAGGUAUUCUGGAUCGAGUGGAAGCCAUGGAUAAAUUUGGACUGGAGAAACAACGAGUAUUGCAACAAAAUGCUAUUACCUCUGAUCAUACGUUAACGCAAGUAUUCCUUGGUCUAUUUUCCUGA